CCUCCGGGCUGCUGACGGAGCCGCGGGAAGAUGCGGGGCCGCUGCCUCGCCACGCAGCCGGGGCAGGUUCCGGAGGGCGCGGGGGCGCGGGGGCGCGCGCGGGUCUGAGCCGCCUUUCUCCUCCCAUUGCCAGGGGAAUGGUCCAGGAGCGCCGGGCGUGAGCCUCCCCCCUGGUCCAGCCGGAGACUGCGGUUGUCAUUGAUCCAUUGAAGAAGCAGGACCCGAAACUACUGGCAUUAGCAAUGAUGUGUGAAGUGAUGCCCACGAUUAAUGAGGACACCCCAAUGAGCCAAAGGGGGUCCCAGAGCAGUGGCUCGGACUCAGACUCCCAUUUUGAGCAGCUGAUGGUGAAUAUGCUUGAUGAAAGGGACCGUCUUCUAGACACCCUACGGGAGACCCAAGAAAGCCUUUCACUGGCCCAGCAAAGACUGCAGGAUGUCAUCUACGACAGAGAUUCGCUCCAGAGACAGCUCAACUCAGCCCUGCCACAGGAUAUCGAAUCCCUAACAGGAGGUCUGACUGGUUCUAAGGGGGCUGAUCCACCGGAAUUUGCUGCACUGACAAAAGAAUUAAAUGCAUGUAGGGAACAACUUCUAGAAAAGGAAGAAGAAAUUUCUGAACUUAAAGCUGAAAGAAAUAACACAAGACUGUUACUGGAGCAUUUGGAGUGCCUUGUGUCACGACACGAAAGGUCACUAAGAAUGACGGUGGUAAAACGGCAAGCGCAGUCCCCCUCGGGAGUUUCCAGUGAAGUUGAGGUUCUCAAGGCACUGAAAUCUUUGUUUGAGCACCACAAGGCCUUGGAUGAAAAGGUAAGGGAGCGACUGAGGGUUUCUUUAGAAAGAGUCUCUGCACUGGAAGAAGAACUAGCUGCUGCUAAUCAGGAGAUCGUUGCCUUGCGUGAACAAAAUGUUCAUAUACAAAGGAAAAUGGCAUCAAGUGAGGGUUCCACGGAGUCAGAACAUCUUGAAGGGAUGGAACCUGGCCAGAAAGUUCAUGAAAAGCGUUUGUCCAAUGGUUCUAUAGAUUCAACUGAUGAAACUAGUCAAAUAGUCGAACUACAAGAAUUGCUUGAAAAGCAAAACUAUGAAAUGGCCCAAAUGAAAGAACGUUUAGCAGCACUUUCUUCCCGAGUGGGAGAGGUGGAACAAGAAGCAGAGACAGCAAGAAAGGAUCUCAUUAAAACGGAAGAAAUGAAUACUAAAUAUCAAAGGGACAUCAGGGAGGCUAAAAUCCUUGGAGCUGCCCUUGGUACCUCUCCUAUUUAUGUUGCAAAGUCCUUUCAGUACCUACAAGCUAUAGUGAAUGGGGUCUGCUAUACUAACUGUGAUCCUUUAAGUGUCUCUUUCCCACCCCUGUUUCAGAUGGAAGAGAAGAACAGACAGUUACAGGAACGACUUGAGCUUGCGGAGCAGAAGUUGCAGCAGACUAUGAGAAAAGCUGAGACCUUACCUGAAGUAGAGGCUGAGCUGGCUCAGAGAAUUGCAGCCCUGACAAAGGCUGAAGAGAGACAUGGAAAUAUUGAAGAACGUAUGAGACAUCUGGAAGGUCAACUUGAAGAGAAAAAUCAAGAACUUCAAAGAGCUAGGCAAAGAGAGAAAAUGAAUGAGGAGCACAACAAAAGGUUAUCCGACACCGUGGACAGACUUCUGACUGAGUCCAAUGAACGCUUACAGCUACACUUAAAGGAGAGAAUGGCUGCUCUAGAGGAGAAGAAUGUUUUAAUUCAAGAAUCAGAAACUUUCAGAAAGAAUCUAGAAGAAUCUCUACAUGAUAAGGAAAGAUUAGCAGAAGAAAUUGAAAAGCUGAGAUCUGAACUUGACCAAUUGAAAAUCAGAACUGGCUCUUUAAUUGAACCCACAAUAUCAAGGACUCACCUGGACCCCUCAGCUGAGUUGCGCUAUUCCGUUGGAUCCCUCGUGGACAGCCAGUCUGACUACAGAACCACUAAAGUAAUAAGAAGGCCACGGAGAGGCCGCAUGGGCGUGAGAAGAGAUGAGCCAAAGGUUAAACUUUUUAGCAGUUUAGGAUUCACAGCAAGUUUAACUGAGGUGGAAGUACAGAGAUUUUCCCAUAUUUCCUCUGACUCCAUACAUGCAUAUUCUUCCCCGCUAAUUCAGGAAGAAAAAGAAUCUACAGAGUUACGUGCUGAAGAAAUUGAGAAUAGAGUAGCGAGUGUGAGCCUGGAAGGCCUGAAUUUAGCGCGAGUCCACCCAGGGACCUCCAUCACUGCCUCCGUUACCGCUUCUUCACUGGCCAGCUCAUCGCCCCCCAGUGGACAUUCAACGCCAAAGCUCACACCGCGAAGUCCUGCCAGGGAAAUGGAUCGGAUGGGCGUCAUGACGCUGCCCAGUGAUCUAAGGAAACACCGGAGAAAGAUUGCAGUGGUGGAAGAAGAUGGUCGGGAGGAUAAAGCAACAAUUAAAUGUGAAACUUCCCCUCCCCCGACCCCUAGGACCAUCAGGAUGACUCACACCCUCCCUUCUUCCUACCACAAUGAGGCCAGAAGUAGUUUGGCUGCCUCCCUGGAGCCGGACAGCUUUGGGCUCGGCAGUGCCAACAGCAGCCAAGACUCCCUUCACAAGGCCCCCAAGAAGAAGGGAAUCAAGUCUUCGAUAGGACGUCUGUUUGGGAAAAAAGAAAAAGCUCGGCUUGGGCAGCUCCGAGGAUUCAUGGAGACCGAAGCUGCGGCUCAGGAGUCCCUGGGCUUAGGCAAACUUGGAACUCAAGCCGAGAAGGAUAGAAGACUGAAGAAAAAGCAUGAACUUCUAGAGGAAGCUCGAAGGAAGGGAUUACCUUUUGCCCAGUGGGAUGGGCCCACAGUGGUUGCAUGGCUAGAGCUCUGGUUGGGAAUGCCUGCCUGGUAUGUGGCAGCCUGCCGAGCCAAUGUGAAGAGCGGAGCCAUCAUGUCUGCUCUGUCAGACACUGAGAUCCAGAGAGAAAUUGGAAUCAGCAAUCCCCUGCAUCGCUUAAAGCUCCGACUAGCAAUCCAGGAGAUGGUUUCCCUAACGAGUCCUUCAGCUCCUCCCACAUCCCGAACUCCCUCAGGCAACGUGUGGGUGACCCAUGAAGAAAUGGAAACUCUUGCAGCUCCAGCGAAAACGAAAGAAUCUGAGGAAGGAAGCUGGGCCCAGACCCUGGCUUAUGGAGAUAUGAACCACGAGUGGAUUGGAAAUGAAUGGCUUCCCAGCCUGGGGUUACCUCAAUACAGAAGUUACUUUAUGGAGUGCUUGGUAGAUGCAAGAAUGUUAGAUCACCUAACGAAAAAAGAUCUCCGUGUCCAUUUAAAAAUGGUGGAUAGUUUCCAUCGAACAAGUUUACAGUAUGGGAUUAUGUGCUUAAAAAGGUUGAAUUACGACAGAAAAGAGCUGGAAAGAAGACGAGAAGCAAGCCAACAUGAAAUAAAAGAUGUGUUGGUGUGGAGUAAUGAUCGAGUUAUCCGCUGGAUCCAAGCAAUUGGCCUUCGAGAAUAUGCAAAUAAUAUCCUUGAGAGCGGCGUGCACGGCUCACUGAUAGCCCUGGACGAGAACUUUGACUACAGCAGCUUAGCUUUGUUACUGCAGAUUCCAACCCAGAACACCCAGGCCAGGCAGAUUCUUGAAAGGGAAUACAAUAACCUCCUGGCUCUGGGAACGGAGCGGCGGCUGGAUGAAAGCGAUGACAAGAAUUUCAGGCGUGGGUCAACCUGGAGACGGCAGUUUCCUCCCCGUGAAGUGCACGGAAUCAGUAUGAUGCCUGGGUCUUCAGAAACACUGCCGGCCGGGUUCCGGUUAACCACAACAUCUGGACAAUCAAGGAGAAUGGCGACGGACGUUGCCUCUUCAAGACUGCAGAGGUUAGACAACUCCACUGUUCGCACAUACUCAUGUUGACAAGCCACUCAAAGGAGGCAGCACUGACUUGCUAUGUCGUCUUUUCGGUCUACCCUACCUAAAGUGCACUACCAUCCAAGAAGACGAGCAGUGAACACCUUUGUGAAAACUGAAUUCUAAGGAAAUAACCACAAGUAAUGGUUUAUUAAACUGAAAAUGUGAUUUUGGGGGGAGUCAGAUAUCAUGUUUGAUUAGUUCACUACAGUUGUAAGAAAAUGCUUAAGUCAUUUGAAUAAUAAACAUCAUCCACAUCAUAACUUCUGUACAACAGAUGCUUUUAUGAAAUGGAGCCACCUGUUUUUUCAUGUUUUAUUGUAAUAUACUAGGCAUUUAUGUAUUACUGUGUAUGUAUUUCUUUUUAAAUGUGUAAGUCUUAUGUAAAUGGAUAUAAAUAUGAUUUUUUAAAAAAUAAAAUAUAUGGUUCAUGGAGUCUCAAGUGCAAACAUUUGACAAUACCAAGUACUGUUUGUAUUUUACCAUUCCACCAUUUUUACAGUUUUUGAAUUAUAACAGUCAAAUUGGUAUGUUUCCUGGAAGCAUGUUUCAUGCCUCCACAUGUUUCACCUUCAAAGUCUGUCACUACUUAAAGCUGAAAACCUGCCUCUGAUCAUGUAAAAAAGAAUGAUUUAACCUGGAACUGGAGCCAAAAAUAGACCUUUCAAGGCAAUCAGGGAUGUCCUCUAUCUUUAGAAAUAGCACUGUGAUGGCUCGAUCUCCUUUUCAAUACAAGACAAAACCAAACUGUUUACAAGAGUCAAAAAGAUUAUUUAAAAAAAUUUAUAAAGAAAAAGACAUUAUCUUCUCUUGUUACCUGUGGACCAAUAACUUUUUUUUUCUUUACUGAGAACCACAUGUCCAUUCAAAUAUCUUGAACCGCCAGCAAGAACUGUUCAGUGAAUGUCAACCACUGCAAAGUCCCAGGCUCGUUUCCACUGGAAGAAAACAAAACCCCGCAACCCUCCCCCUUUGUCAGUGUGCCAGGACAAUAGCCAGUCAUGUCUAAUGUUAUAAGCUUUUAGCCGAGAUGGCCUUGUUUCGACUUCCCUGAAGUCAGUCUUAUCAGAGGAAAGAAAUGAAAGACAGAGUGAUUAACAUAUAUAGUGUAUAAAGUAUAGAAGAGUAAUCUCUUCCCAGUGGCUUUAUUUGGUGGUGUUACUGUUGUUUAUUCUUUGUUUAUAUGGGAGAUUUCAGAGUAAAACCUAUUUAAGAAUACAUUUAUCUAUCUGCUGAUUUUCUGCUGUUUGAUCUUAUUAAGUGCAAGACCUGUCAUUAGUAAUUUCAUUUUUGUAUUUGAUUUGCUAUGUUUGCACGUACAUUACAUUUGUUUUGAUGUCUAUUUUUGUUUAAACAGAUUCAGUCAUAAAGUAAUGCUAACAAAAGCCCUCUCCAUUGUCAAUAAAAAGAAUACUUCCAA